GAUGCAGGUGUCCUCGGGAUGUGGGUUGGCUGGUGACCCUGGGGGAAGCUCUCAGCCCGCCUGCCCGUUAUCAUUUUAGUGUUUCACAGGCCGCGCUGCGCGGUCGGCUGAUUCUGUAGGUUUGCGGGUUUGACGGCGCCGCCCGCCCGGCCGGCCGCCAUCUCCGCCAGGAUGAAGCUGUUCUCCGAGGCGCACAAGACGGUGUUCGUGGUGGACCACUGCCCGUACAUGGCCGAGUCGUGCCGGCAGACGGUGGAGUUCGACAUGUUCACCAAGAACCGGGCCCCGGGCAUCAUCCCGCUCGCCCCCAUCUCCAAAUCCCUGUGGACCUGCGCCGUGGAGUCGGCCAUGGAGUACUGCCGCAUCAUGUACGACAUCUUCCCGGCUCGGAAACUGCCAGCAACAUUAAGCAGCAUGACGUCAACAUCUGGUGACCAAAGGCUGCUAACAGUUGCUCCAAAGCAAUUAAUGGGUGCAACCAGGGUGAAUUUCAUUGUCAGUGACUCAAGAGCGCACACCCUGAACUCCUGGGGGCAAGAAGAUCAGAACCUGCAGGAGUUGAUGGCAGCCUUAGCAGCUGUUGGACCUCCGAACCCUCGCAUGGACCCAGAGUGUUGCAGUGUGCUGCAUGGUUUAGUCGAAGCAGUGGAGGUCCUGUGCAAAUGUACCGAUUAUCAGCAUGAAGCCCGGACCACAUUAAUGGAGAAUGCAGACCGUGUCAGCAAUCGGGGUCGUAUCAUCUGUAUAACUAACGCCAAAAGUGACAGCCAUGUGCGAAUGUUGGAAGACUGUGUUCAAGAGACUAUCCAUGAGCAUAAUAAGUUAGCAGCCAGUUCUGAUAACUUGAUGCAAAUUCAACAUUGUGAGCUGGUCUUAAUACAUACCUACACUGCAGGCGAAGACAGCAUCGUUUCGGAUCGUCCAAGGAAAGAUAUCUCUUUGGCUUUAACGAGUGAAGUACACAGUGUCCGUGCAGGAAGACAGUUACCUGCAAAGCUCACUUCCCUUGUUCAGCAACACUUUGACCUUGCCUCCACUACUAUUACUAAUAUACCCAUGAAGGAAGAACAACAUGCAAACACUUCAGCAAAUUAUGACGUAGAGCUUCUCCACCAAAAAGAUGCCCAUACUGAACUACUAAGAAGUGUUGAUCCACAUUUGAGCAGUACCAAUAGAGAUAGUGCUAUCAAAGAAACUGUGACAUUAAAAUGGUGUACCCCACGAACUAAUAAUGUUGAGUUGCACUAUUGUACAGGGGCAUACAGAAUAUCACCUGUAGAUGUAAACAGCAGACCCUCCUCCUGCCUAACAAAUUUCUUACUGAACGGUCGAUCAGUUUUGUUGGAACAGCCGCGUAAGUCGGGUUCCAAAGUGAUUAGUCACAUGCUUUGCAGUCAUGGUGGUGAGAUUUUCCUGCACGUUUUAAGCAGUGUUCGUUCCAUUCUGGAGGACCCCCCAUCGAUUAGUGAAGGGUGUGGAGGAAGGGUUACUGAUUACAGGAUUACGGACUUUGGUGAGUUCAUGAGGGAAAACCGGUUAACUCCUGUAAUGGAAAGGGGCUAUCUGAUGGAUGGAAGUAUGGAAGUGCCACUGGAGAGAGCAAAGGCCCAGCUGGAGAGGCACACACGUUAUUGGCCAAUGAUUAUUUCUCAGACUACAAUCUUCAACAUGCAGGCUGUUGUACCUUUAGCCAGUCUAAUUGUGAAGGAGAGUCUAACUGAUGACGAUGUCCUUAAUUGCCAAAAAACUAUCUACAAUUUGGUAGAUAUGGAAAGAAAAAAUGAUCACUUGCCCAUUUCAACAGUUGGCACCAGAGGCAAAGGCUCCAAAAGAGAUGAACAGUACCGGAUAAUGUGGAAUGAGUUGGAAACCCUGGUCAGAGCCCACUUAAACAAUUCCGAGAAGCAUCAGCGCGUUCUGGAAUGUCUGCUAGCUUGCAGGAGCAAGCCGCCUGAAGAGGAGGAGCGGAAGAAGAGCCGUAGAAAGAGAGAAGAUAAAGAAGAUAAAUCAGAAAAAGUAGUGAAAGAUUAUGAGCCUGAGAAAUCUUGGCAAGAUUCUGAGCGCCUAAAAGGAACACUGGAACGGGAAAAAGAGGAGUUGGCUGAAGCUGAGAUAAUCAAGGACUCUCCGGACUCUCCUGAACCCCUGAAUAAGAAACCCCGAGUCAGCAUCGGAGAAGUACAACCUCCUGAAAAGGUUAAAGGUCCAAUUUCCUUGCUUGCAAUGUGGACUAAUAGAAUCAACACAGCAAAUUCACGAAAGCAUCAAGAAUUUGCUGGUCGCUUGAAUUCUGUUAACAACAAAGCUGAGUUGUACCAGCAUCUUAAAGAAGAAAACGGAAUGGAGACACAUGAAAAUGGCAAAGCCAGCAGGCAAUAAAGAAAAGGUUCAUCAUGUGAUGUAACAGAAGCACCUGGUCAGCUGUCAUACUGUUUGUAAAUUAAUGAUUUCUACUAAAGACCUGCGACAUUUUAAGUAUUUCGACCUCAUCUACCUAAAUGCUGCUUCUGAAAUAACUUGUAAUAAAAUGUACAGUUUACAAGUUGAGCCGCGAAGCUUUAGAAGAAUUUUACUCUUUGUUAAAGUUGGCAUU